UCUUGGGACUUGAGAUAUAAAUAUAUGCAUAGAUAAAAAGAUCAACCAAGAUACAUCCACACUAAAAAAGAUGUCAGAUAAUGCUAGUAGGGUUGUUGAAGAUGAAGAAAAUGGCUAUGGAGGAAGAAAAGUCCAACCAUUUGCCUCUACACCACGGCCAGAUAUGGACAAAACUGAAGGGAAGAAGCAUCAUCCCACUACAUUAAGCAGAAUUUUGGGCUUCGAAGACCUUUCUUCUUUACAUGUAUGGAGGGCAUCUUUAGCAGAGGCUCUUGGCACAGCAUCCCUUGUGUUUGCAAUGGAUACCAUAGUCAUCUCCUCCUACGAAACCGAAACCAAAACACCAAACCUUAUAAUGUCAGCUUUAAUCGCUAUAACUGUUACAAUUCUCCUCAAUGCAACAUUUCCCAUCUCGGGUGGACAUAUCAAUCCUGUAAUCACCUUGUCAGCUGCCUUCACAGGCCUUGUCUCUCUUUCACGGGCUGCCAUAUACAUCUUAGCACAGUGUCUCGGAGGCAUACUGGGUGCACUAGCACUAAAAGCUGUGGUAAACAGCACCAUAGAGAAAACAUUUUCACUUGGAGGUUGUACUCUAAGCAUUGUUGCACCAGGGCCACAUGGGCCUAUUGUCAUCGGCCUCGGAACAGCCCAGGCUCUUUGGCUGGAGAUAAUUUGUACAUUUGUUUUCCUUUUUUCUUCAAUCUGGGUGGCAUUUGACAAACGCCAAGCCAAACCCCUGGGAAGAGUCAUUGUUUGCAGUAUAAUUGGACUGGUUGUUGGUCUUCUUGUGUUCAUUUCUACAACAGUGACUGCAACCAGAGGUUAUGCAGGGGUUGGGAUGAACCCAGCAAGGUGUUUCGGUCCAGCAAUUAUUAGAGGUGGUCACCUGUGGAAUGGGCACUGGGUGUUUUGGGUUGGGCCUAUCGUUGCUAGUAUAGCAUUUGCUGUGUACACCAAGAUAGUUCCAAGCGCUGAGGUCCAUGCAUAAGGCGAAAAAAGCUGUCUUCGUCAAUAAAAUGAAGAGGCUUUAAAUGAUGUAAGAUGGUAUCUUUAAAAUGGCCUCAGGAUUAGGAAGGAAUGCUUGUUUAUGAUGUUACAGAAAUAAUGCCCAAUUACGCUUGCUGUUAGGCUUUCAUUUCUGGUCUUAAAAAGUGCUGAUAUUUUGCACCAGAAA